AUGGGAGACGGAGAAGAUGAUUAUAUGUCAGAUAACUUUCUUAUUAUGACGCAAGACGUAAAACCAGGCAUCCCGAGUAGUCUUUCUCAGAAAAGGAUACUGAAAAUAGAAAGUGAACGUGUUCGAAGUAGGAGAGACGAUGAAGGGAGACCAAAGAUACGGGAGUUAGAAAAAGUUUUACGAGAUGAAGCGUUGAGAAAACCGGUGCCGGAAACGUCGAAAGGAUUUGCUCUUAUGGCAAAAAUGGGUUUCCAACCUGGAAUGAGUUUAGGAAAGAAGAGAAGCGAUACUGACUCCGGUGUUGGGAUUAAAGAACCGAUUGCUCUUGAAGUGAAGACCUCUAGAACUGGGUUAGGUCACGGCAGCUCAGAGGAAGAACAAGCGAAGCAGAGAUUGAAGCAUGAAAUUGAAAGGAUGAAAAGAAGAGCAGAAAAAACCGAAGAGCUUAUCGACGACUACCGAAAACGAAAGAGAGGUGUAUCAAAUACAAAAGUUCUUAUUCGCGAUAUCCUAGCUAGCAGAAAAAUCUGUGUAGAACUGGAUUUAAGGAUUAAUGUUGAAUUGCCGGAACAACCAUGGUUCUGGAAAAGUUAUAGACAACCAAAUGAUACAGAGGACGACUUUGGACAGCUUCAGCGGAGGGACUCUGAAGAUGAUGAAUGUUCGAGGUAUCUUUAUGCGAACGGGAAAGAAGCUCCCCAAGAAGAGCGGUUCGAAGAACUUUCAGAUGAAGAAUUGUGUGAAAGGCUGACUCAAAUCACUCAUUAUCUACGAGCGACUCAUCGUUACUGCAUUUGGUGUGGCUGUCAGUUCGAGGAAGAAGAAGAGCUUGAAAACUAUUGUCCAGGGACGGACAGAGGUGCUCAUGAUGUGGAUUAG